AUGGCUGACCAAAGUGGUGGGCUGGUUGUGAUGAGAGAGUACAGAAAAGGGAACUGGACACUGAAUGAGACGAUGGUGCUCAUUGAAGCCAAGAAGAUGGAUGAUGAGAGGCGGAUGCGGCGAUCCAUCGGUCUUCCAGCGCCGGAUCAGUCACAUGAUGGCCGGAGCAGUAGUGGUAAUAAACCGGCGGAGCUACGGUGGAAAUGGAUAGAAGAUUACUGUUGGAGGAAAGGUUGUAUGAGGAGUCAGAAUCAGUGCAAUGACAAGUGGGACAAUCUCAUGAGAGAUUACAAAAAGGUUAGAGAGUAUGAGAGACGGAGGGUUGAAUCGUCUUUUGCCUCCGAGCCUUCAUCUUCAUCUGCUGUGGAAACGAGGUCGUAUUGGACGAUGGACAAGAGUGAGAGGAAAGAGAGGAACUUGCCGAGUAACAUGUUACCUCAAACAUACCAAGCGCUGUUUGAUGUGGUGGAGAGUAAAACGCACCCUUCUUCGACCGCUGUAACCGUAGCAGUCGCUGCAGCAGCAGAAGCAAGCGGAAACGGUUCGGGCGGUGGACUACAAAUCCAAAAAAUGAUACAACAGCAACAAGGUUUAGGAUUUAUUGAGAAACAUCAAAUGCUUCAGCCUCCUCCUCCUGCUUUCUUACCUCUUCCGCCGCCCCCACCUCCACCGUCUCAACCGCUACAACCACGACCGCUGUAUAUGCCACCGCCUCCACUGCCUUCUUUUCAUGCCCAGCCAAUACUGCCCACAAAGGAUACUAGCUCAGAUUCUGAUACUAGUGCGCAUUCAGACACAUCUCUGGCGAAGCGAAGGAGAACAAUGCCGACCACAACCGCUGGUCCAAGCGGCGGCGGCGGCGGCGGAGGCAACACAGAAACGGCGGAAGGUGAGACUGUAGAGGUGGCUGCGUUAUCAAGAAGUGCGUCUGUGAUCGCAAACGCGAUAAGGGAGAGUGAUGAGAGACAAGAUCGAAGACAUAAAGAAGUGAUGAGCUUAGAAGAGAGGAGAUUAAAGAUCGAAGAAUCAAAUGUUGAGAUUAACAGGGAAGGGAUGAAUGGGUUAGUGGAAGCCAUUAAUAAGCUCGCGAGCUCCAUUUUUGCAUUGGCUUCUUCUCACCAUAAUAAUCAGCAUCAAGGAGGUCCAUCAUAA